GAAAGCAUAAGAUCGAAGACGCGUGAACGCGUCAAUAGCGCCAAACAAACGCGACGCGUUGAAUGUUGAGCGUAAAUUGCACGCGUCGACGCGACGAGGGGUAUAUAAGGACAAGCCUCCUGCCACCUAGCUUCUCCCCGUACCUGCAUCCCUCCCGCCUAUAUCCCCUCACCGCCUACUCACAAACUAAAUAUUGUCUUCCACGAUGUCUGUCUCUGGUGUUAUGACUCCUCCUCGCGCUGCGUCUCCUCUGCCCACUGUAGCAGCCACACCUAGCAGAACUCCUAGUAAGAGAGCUGCAGCAGCGUUGGAUGAACUUUCCCUUUCCUCCCCUUCCAAGAAGACCAAGAUCGAGCCUCUUCAACUCAUUGACGACAAGAAGCGUUCAAUGUCUCCCGACUCCGUUUGCGACGAGUCUGAUCCUUUCGCACCCGAAUCAGAGGAGCAGCUGAAGAAGAAAUGGGUUGGCGAUAUCCACCUUACUGAAGAUCAAGAGCCUCUCCUGAUCGAGUCCAAACGUCGCUUCGUCCUUUUCCCUAUUCAGUAUCAUGAGAUCUGGCAAAUGUAUAAGAAGGCUGAGGCGUCGUUCUGGACGGCCGAAGAGAUGGACCUGUCUAAGGAUCUCCACGAUUGGCAGAACCGCCUCAAUGACAAUGAACGUCACUUCAUUUCACACGUCCUCGCCUUCUUCGCCGCCUCCGAUGGUAUUGUCAACGAGAACCUACUCGAACGAUUCUCCAACGAGGUGCAAGCAGCGGAGGCCCGAUGCUUCUAUGGCUUCCAAAUCAUGAUGGAGAACAUCCACUCUGAGACUUAUUCGCUUCUCAUUGACACUUACAUUAAGGACCCAGUGCAACGUGAAUACCUCUUCGACGCUAUCGACACCAUCCCCUGUAUUAAGAAGAAGGCCGACUGGGCUCUGCGAUGGAUCUCGGACAAACGAUCGGCGUUUUCUGAACGUCUUAUUGCCUUCGCCGCUGUUGAGGGUAUUUUCUUCUCCGGAUCUUUCGCUUCCAUCUUCUGGCUCAAGAAGCGUGGUCUCAUGCCUGGCUUGACGUUCUCCAACGAGCUUAUCAGCCGUGACGAGGGCAUGCACACCGACUUCGCUUGUUUGCUCUUCAGCCACUUGAGGAGGCGCCCUCAUCCUGACACAGUCAAGAAGAUCAUCACUGAAGCUGUCGAGAUCGAGCAAGAGUUCCUGACUGAUGCUUUGCCCGUCGCUCUCAUUGGCAUGAACGCGGUACUGAUGCGUCAGUACAUCGAGUUCGUCGCUGACCGUCUCCUUGUCGCCUUGGGGAGCCCCAAGGUUUACAAUGUGACCAAUCCUUUCGACUUCAUGGACAUGAUCUCGCUCCAGGGCAAGACCAACUUCUUCGAGAAGCGUGUGUCCGAUUACUCCAAGGCUGGUGUCAACGCAUCCGCUCAGAACACGAAGAGCGAGACUAAUGUCUCGAGAGCAUUCACGCUCGAAGAGGACUUCUAAAUGUAUCAACACACUGCUUCGACGUGGCCAUUAUGAUCUACACACAUCUGUUUCGUUAUAACCCUUGCUGUUUCUAUAGAACCUAACAUUACUCUCUGGCGGACUUGUAUUAUCAUCUGUAAUUACAAUAUACAAUAAUGAAUCCUAUCAAUGUAUUAUCCCACAUACCGAAGUCAUAUUCCUCAACGGAACAGUACUGAGUAUUUUGU